AUUUACAGGUGUCAAUGUUCACAGAGAGACUGUCAAAACAAAGGAAAUAUGUACCUACGAUAAAAUACUUUCGCUAUCAAUGACAUGUAUUUGAAAAUGGCGCGGUAUGCUAACCUGCUUGUAAUUCAUACAACUUUCUGAACACUGGGAGGAAACUAAUAAUUAGAGAAUAAAAAAAGAAACACCAAAAUGAAGUUAUUCUACUUGUCAAACAUAAACAAUUUGUUUGAAUUUCAAAUGGCAAAAUUAUCGAAUAUAAUACGUGUAAUUUAAUAGAAGAUUAAACUUUUUUAUCUAUCGAAAUCUUAAUCAAAAUUUUUUCUACUACCUAAUGCGUGUAUCAUGCACGCCAUUAUUUAGAUUCGGCGAAUCAUUUAUAUAAUUUAAUUACUUUACUUUGUAAUGUAAAUUAUCGUUGCAUGCUAGUUAGGGCGUGGUAUGGCUUUUUCAGGAAUAAAGUUGGUACUUCAAUUGUCAAGACUCGCGUGAAAGCGAUAGGUAUUAAACAUCUGAAUUAUUUUAUCAUUAUUGCGUGAUCGCAGGCGUACGAUUCAGCCCGAAAAUUCACCGUAAAGGAAUUUUUAAAGUUGCGAGAUAAGGGAUUUAUGACUCAGCCAUUCAGUUGUGUCACAGUAGAUGUACGAGGCGUAUUUGACGAUUCCUUGAGACGAAAAAUUGUUCAUUUUUUAAUAUAAAAAAAUAUCUGGAACGACAUUCGAGAAGAGAAUUAUUUUCGACCACUUACCAGAAAAAUGUCGAAUGUGAGUAAUUUGGAACAACAAAUUGCUAGCUUGCAAAUCAAUCAUGGAGAUAACGUUAAGACUAUUAAGCCUGGUAAAAAAGUGGGACCAGCUGUCCCUCCAAAACCAAAAAUAUCACAGCCUCAGAUACCGCAAAGUUACACUAUAAAGGUUCCGUCUGUGCCAUCAUACAGUACAGUACUUAACAAUUCUGGAACAAAUGAGAAAUCUUCAAAUUUGUACAUGAAUUCUCCAUCGUCGUAUGUGCCAUUAAAUAUAGAAAAAAAUGAAUUUUCACUGUCAACAUCUACAAAUGGAAAAGACAUUCCUAAAAGUUAUCAAAAUAAUGAGAACUUUUAUACACACCAAAUAGACGAGAAGUUUGAACCAAAAUACGGAUACGAUGAAAAAAAUUACUAUUCAAAUAUUGGAAAUAUGCCUGCCCCUCAAGUACCGGUUGAAGAUCAUUCAAGAUCAACAAGAAACGUUGUAUAUAGUAAUAUAGAUUCUCCCAUUUCUAUGCCAGUUAAUAAAACUGGAGCCAAGACAGAAAAAGACAUAAUUUAUAGUAAUAUUCAGUGGAAUUCUAAACCAGAGAACACGUAUUGUAAUCUACCUGUUGCUCAUAAUAACGAUGACUUACCACCACCACCAGAACCCUCAGAAUAUGUACCUUGCGUACCGAGUAGCUCCUUCCCGCCACCACCAGAAGAGCUGCCACCUCCGCCAAGUCCUGUAUCAUCCAGCUAUAGUGAAUUAAGACGAGCCACUUACCAAACAGAUUUUCCAUCUGAUAAUUACCCGAAUGAUAUUUAUGGUCCAAGCUCACAAUCCAGUUCAACAUAUGAAUCCAUAUACGAACCAAUUAAUCCCAGACCGCCAUCGCAGCUGUCUUGUAAUUAUUCCAUGUACUCUGGUUAUGGAUCUGCUACGUCCACUCAGCCGCAAGGAAAAGUAUCUCCGGUUAAGGAAGUGGAUGUUUUGACCGAUUUAUUAGUUCAGGGGAUGGAGGAUAAUGCUGAAGACACCGAUAUUUAUGGUAUCUGUGCGCAAUGCGGACGCAAAGUUGAAGGGGAAGGUACCGGUUGCUCUGCGAUGGACAAGGUGUUUCACAUCGAAUGCUUUUGCUGUUGCGUCUGUAAAGUGAAUCUACAGGGUAAACCGUUUUAUUCAUUGGAAAGCAAACCGUCCAACUCCGAAGGCAAACCGUCUUACUCGUUGGAAAGCAAACCGUAUUGCGAGGAGGAUUAUCUGAAUACUUUAGAAAAAUGUUGCGUUUGUACGAGACCGAUACUCGACAGGAUACUAAGAGCCACUGGAAAACCUUAUCAUCCAUCCUGUUUCACGUGUGUAGUUUGCGGGCAAAGUUUAGAUGGUAUACCUUUUACGGUAGACGCCACCAAUCAAAUUCACUGUAUACAGUGUUUCCACAAGAAAUUUGCACCACGUUGUUGCGUUUGUAAAUUACCAAUUAUGCCAGAACCAGGGCAGGAUGAAACUGUACGUGUAGUGGCGCUGGAUCGCAGUUUUCAUAUUCAGUGUUACAAAUGCGAGGAUUGUGGGUUAGUUCUUUCUUCUGAUUCUGAAGGACGCGGAUGUUAUCCUCUGGAUGAUCACGUAUUGUGUAAAAGUUGUAACGCAACUCGCGUUCAAGCGCUAACAUCACACAUGACGACUGAACUAUAAAUCUUAUUAAAAGAAUGACUCGAGCCAUAUACUAUAUUGUUACGUUCGUAGCUGUCGUUUUACGAAUUUUUAACGUACAUGGACAAGUAUACUCUUAGAAAAGAUGUUAACACUUUAUACACAUUUUUUAAAGAAUUUUUUAGUCCAAGUUUUUUUCAUACUUGAAUACCCUUUUUUAAUUAUUUAAUACUACAAGAUAAACUACUCAAAAUAUUCGUAACAAUUCUACGGAAAUGUGUUAGAAAUACUUUGGAAAAAUAUAUGUUUAUACGAACAGUGACUCAGGAGAAUAAGCAAAUUUCAAAGUAAUUAUUUCCUACACACUGCCAUGAUUAUAGUUCCAAGAAUUUAUAUCUUUAUACUAUGAAUAAAUAAUUUUUAGACAAAUUUUCAAAUGCAGACACAGUUGUCAAGAUCAAAAAUUACUUUCCCAAAAUAAGUAUCCUCGUCAGCUAUGACGAUCGAUGUGAUUUUAGGAAAAGUAUUGCAUGUAUAAUGAAUUCCAAUAUCUAAUGUUAAGAUAUUAAUCUAUGUGCAAUUUAUAUCCUCGUUUUUAUUAAUCAAAAAUAUGUAAAGUGUAUACUCCAAUAUACUGAACCUGUUAUGUAUUUAGAUUUCCGCUUUACGGUAAAACAUGUGAUACGAUAGAAUGAAUACAGUGUAUUAGUGCAAAUACCUUAGAUUAUAUUAUCUAUUUAGAAGAUUAAAAGACUAAAUAGUGAAUAGGAUUUAAUUGUAAAAUGUAUUAUUGGAAUAAAUAUUGAAUUAAUAAAAUAUCCAAUAUAUUAAAGAAAAAAAAGGUGUAAUUUUUCAAUUUUACUACUUCUGUCGUUCUGAAAAAUGAAAAAAUAGACAAAACUAAACAAGAAAGGUAAAUUCACAAAUACAAUGUAUGUGUACUGGAGCAUUGUAUAUUUUAUAUCAUUUAUGAGAUUUUAUUAUUAUUAUAUAUUUGCAGGAGAGAUUCACACUUAUUUUAGUCUAUACCUUUUCUUUGCUAUGUUUUUUCCAUCUAUAUAAUGUUCUUUUUAAAUAUAUGCAUCCCUUAUACGUAAUAUAUAUUUUUUUUUUAUUAUCAUUGAGUACUUAGAUAGAUUUUUGUUGUACAACCUACAUGUCAUUUUAUGUAUAAUUUAUGUUUUUUUUUUUUUUUAAUACAUCAAUUUCUGUGUUUUAGGAGGCAUGCUUUGUAGAUUGUGGAAUGUGUUUUGUCGGAUCUUCCCAUGGAAGAAAUAAACUGAACGUGUUUAAAUAUGAUUUACAGUUACUGCACUACUUUCAACUACCAUAAGUAAUAGAUGUCUUUUUUUUUUUUUUAAACAUAAAACCAUUGAACGGUUCCUUACUCCGAUAGCGUUAAAAGUAAUAUUACUUUAGAAACAAAACAAAAUCAAUGAAUGCAAGUAACUGCUGGUAAUAACAAAAACUUAUCGUGCUUCCUUACCGUACAACAUUAUCCUAUGUAUGUAUACGAUAAUCCACAAUCGUAUAAAGCAUACCACUUACACUUGUGUAUAAUAUACAUCAAUUAUAUCUCUAUGUUGAACUACUCAUACCCUCUAAUAUCUAUCUUAGACUUUUAUAUUAUAAUAUACUUUUCAAAGUAUAUAUUAUAUCAUUUUAUAUCGUAUCAGCACCAUUCUACGUUGAAUUUAGUACAUUGGAUUAUAAUUAAAUGAUUCGCUCCGUAUCAUAGGUUUCAUCUAUUUAGACCGGUACCAAACUGAACAUAGAAUCGUACUUUUCAUCGUUAUUACCUCUCUCUUAUUAGAUGUAUUAUAAUGUGUAGGUAUGUAUGCAUUGGUAAUGUAUACGUGUAUGACAUAUGCGUGUGUAGCGUGCGAGAAACAUUAUCGAUGCACCUAACACACGUAUGCUUACACAGGUAAAACUGUCUUCCUCUUUUCUUUAAACUUGCACUCAAUAGUCACAGCCACCAAUCCAAGUUCACGCUCACGCACACCCAAAUACACACCCAUAUCGCACUCGCAUUUCAUAUAUACCAUUAGGUAUACAUUUUUUUUUUUGUUUCUUUCCGUUCGUUAAUAUUUAUAAUAUAUAUAUAUAUAUAUAUGUAUGUAUAUAUUUAUAUGUAUUUAUAUAUGUAUAUUGCUGGAGAUAACCUCUUGUGUAUUAUACAUAGAAAUAGGUGCCGAAACGAGCUGCUCUGGGUUUGUUUUUUGUUUUUUUUUUUUUAAUUUUCGAUUACACGUUAAUAUCGUUCUCUGUACGACCACAAUACGAGAAAAAAAAAAUUGGGGGGCUCAUGCGACUCGAAUGCCGUAAUAGGAUGAUUUUUCAUUGCAUUUUUUUUUUUUUUCGUUUCUCUGGGUGUACCAUCGAAAAAUCUUCCUUAAAUUUCCAUUCCCGAAUUCCUUUUUUUUUUCUUUUAUUUUCCUAACAGCAUGCUUUCACACUUUCAAAUUCGCUGGGUGCUGGUGGG